AUGUUAAUUACUGACAGUCGUAAGGCCUGUUUCGCCGUCUACCAGCAAAAUGGGAUGUUACGGCUUUGGGAUGCAACGUCUGGGAUGUGGCUCCGGGACAUCACCGAUUCUCAGCUCGUCACCAUGAGUGUCACCGCUAUGCUUUUCGAUACGUCGCUGGCUCUUCACGGUAAGGACAGGGCCGAAGGACAAAGGUCAGAGGUACAGGGGGCAAUUAUCGGAACCAAUUCUGGAAGUAUUUACACCUGGACGAGUGAGGGAUCGCUGUUUGUUUCAGCCAAUUAUUCUCACAGAUCUGCAGUCGCUGCCAUUGUCGCUCCCAGAGGCGCUUCUUAUGUGUUAUCAAUUGACAUUGAUGGAGUACUCAUAAAGGGUAUCUGGGGCCAAAGUGGGUCUCUAGUCAAACAAAAAGAAGUCAACAUAUUGAGCAUCCCCUACCGACACUCUAGUCCGUUGAAUAAGGCACAACCAGACUCGCUCACUCCCGCCACGCAGCCCACUGUUUCAGAGAUACACAUGGGGCUGUUGGAGCAGUCGUGCGUUAUAGCCUAUGGCCCAGGGCUUUACAUAUUAGAUUGCAACCAAACUGGGAUCAACUUCCUUGGGCUUCAGUCCUCAGUGGUUGCACUUGCAUGUGAGCAUUGCCUGAUUGGUGUUUCCAUGAGAAAUGCAUCGAUAAUAAGCCUCUUGGGCUAUUACAAGCAAGAGCACUUGCUUCGAGUUGGGCGCUUAGUCAGUUCUGAUACCCAGACACAACUUACUCUCAGCGCAAGUUAUGGGAAGGCUAAACAUGCAUGUGUAACAUAUGCAAUCACCGCUUGCUCUUCUAAUUCUGUCUCGCUUUUCAUCCUUCCCUUUCCAAGCCUAGAACAGGUGACCAAAAAGGGGGCGCGAAUCCCUUCUGUGCCUCCUGCUCUGGAGUUACGUGCAUCAGGAACGUUGGCUUCCAGCAUCUUGGCAGCUAUUCCACAGUACUUAAGGGCCAAGUCAGCCAUUUACAUCAUUAAGGGGAACUAUACGCUUCCAUCACUGAUCACAGAAGAUGUCCCAAAUAACCUCCUGAAAGACUAUUUCUUUGUCGAAGAUCAUCAGACGGAUCCUGAUGAGGCGAAGCAAAAGACUGAGAAGCGUACCAUUGCAGAUGUGUCAGCACGGCUGCUGCAGUCAUCUCAUCAAGCCAUUCAGGGGGCUGCUACCGGUGCAAAUGCUGAAAUAUUCAAUCAAUUCACACGCUUCAAUGAAGCAAACCCCAAUAUCCAGAGCGCCGUACUACCAAAAGCCGCGAUAGCUGCACCACCCGUUCACAUUGACGAGUUCCGGGAGACCUCUCAAUCUGACGACGUCUUGCCUAUUGAGCAAGUGAUUGCUCAAAAGAAUAAGCACCGGCUACAUGCACUAUUGACAACAACGUCCAAGCAGGCUCGAAUCAAUACUGCAAAAAUGCUUUCCGAGGAGGGUGUUCAUAGCGUCUUUGCGUCUCUCCUUCAGUACGCAAACUGCGUGGAGAAUACGGAAUAUGUCAGUGACAUAUUGAUAUGGGUGAAUACACUCCUGAAGGAGCGCCCAGAAGUCCUUAAGUCUGAUCGAUCAAUCCCUGCUAUUUCGGGCUUUAAAUCUUUAUUUCACAAUAGAAUAUCAUAUAAAAACACUUUGGUUUCUCUAUCUCAGAAGCUGGCGCCAUUGCGCUUCUCUGAUGACAUUCUCAACGAUCUCAGACGCCAAGUGGAAGAAGAGGCCCAAGAGCAGGACCGUCAAGCCCUCGGCACGGAUGGCGAAGAUGAGAUCAUCCACACCGAUGAGUCUGCUGAAGAAUCUACCGAUGAAUCGUCCACCGAGGAAUAUACCGAGAAGUCCGAUGAUAUGUAG